CAGACGUGACGUCUGUCUGCCGUGGCAGCUACUCGUUUGUUCCUUCACUUGAAACAGUUGUCAUAUUCCAGCUUCUUCAUUCUCUUGCGCGCGCACUACAGGAUGCACAGCAUUUACGCUCGAGCGAAUGGCAUAUCCGGUCUUUGGUCAACGUGUGUUAUGGUUUUGCUUGGAGCUGUAGCUCUUUCCUCUUUCCUCUUCAACGCGGAUUCUAAGGGUAGUCUGGAUAUUGUCUCUUUGAAGGUGUUCCACUCCAAAACGAGACGUUAUCCUUUCAGAAAUGAGGAAAUUGGUUUUGUUAAAUUUAACCUUUCGGCCGACUUGACGCCACUUUUUAACUGGAACACGAAGCAGUUAUUCGUGUACCUUGAGGCCGAAUACACAAAUGCACAAGGGGUCAACAAUACCGUAGUUAUCUGGGAUCGCAUUGUACGGAGAAAAGAUGAUGCCACGAUCGACAUUGUACAGAAAGAAAAGUACAAACUUCGCGACCUGUCGGGAUCUUUCAGCAACGUACAUCCCGCCCAAUAUUCGCUCAAAUAUAGUGUGAUGCCGUAUGUUGGCGUGCUCACUUAUGGAGAAGCUGCCCGUACGACGGAGGCUAUCGACUUUCCUGAUGCUCGAGACUCUGUGUCAUGAGCGUUGAUUUGCCAAUUUGGACUCCACAUCAGCUUGAUUGGAAAUGACUCAGGAUCUAGUUACAUAACUACAUCCCAGUCUUGAACUACGAGAUGAUUUCUGAGAGCACAAUUUAUGGAAAGGCCAGGCAAGUCGUGU